UCAAAAACAUGGCACUUGGGAGAGUAGGAUGCGGAGUCUACUGCGAAAACUGUGUCAGCCUGUAAGACGACGGCAGUGAAACUCGCUGGAAGGUUCAACGAUUGUUUUUGGUAAAAUAAUCGUUGGACUCGUUGUUGUGUUGGCUGUGUCAGAGGCGUGUGCCCUUGCAGCUGGGCAGGCUGCACCUCAAACAAGGCUGGCUGCGCUUGUAUUGACAGUCAAGAGAAUCGAGGGAUGAUUAGAAAGCGAGAUGCUACAAACCGUGUAGCACGUGGUGCUGACUAGUUAUGAGCUCGGAGGAACUGAACUCUUCUCUUUCUGACGACGUAGACGAACUGCGUUGUUCCCAAGUAGUGGGCACACUCUGCUUUUCGGACGCUGUCGAUGAUGACACGGGGGAGUGUUUCGUCUCGUCAUCAUCGAGAGCCAUUCGGUCGUGGUCAAAGACUUCACAGCCAAAUACCCUGAUGGCCUCGGCAGGUGAUCCUCCAUCGAGAGUAGGACCUCAGGAGGUGGUCUUUGAGAUUGUGUCAGCCAAAACAGUCAAUGAAGGGCGUAAGAAGUUUGUGUGCUACACAGUGCUUGUGAAAAAGAGCCCUGGACUGGAGCGACUCCCAGGUGUCCUAGAGCGCCGCUACUCUGAUUUCUCUGCCCUAUUCGCGGGUCUGCGCCGUCGUCACCCAUCAUGUGUGGCACUGCGCGACUUCCCUUUCCCUCGCAAAGCCCUGCUGGGAAACUUCACCUCCGAGGUGAUAACGGAACGCAGCCUGGCCUUUCGCCACUUACUGUCCCGUGUUCAUGCCUCACCGGAGCUUCGCCGAUCCCCAGAGUUUGCCGAAUUCACGUGGCGCCGGGAGGUGUGCCGUGCUCACCGGCUGAUGACGGCUGGCCAGUUUGAAGAUGCCUCUGUCUUGCUUGAAAAUGCUUACUCAGUACAAGAGAAACUUCUUGGAGAUGGUGACCCGGACACUUUCACCACCCUGGUGGUACUGACAGCCUGCCUGAAUGCAGUGGACAAUGUGGCUGAGGCACAAAAAUAUGCUGAGCUGGCCCUGUCCAAGCGGCUGCCUGGCAGCUCUGCAUCAAAUCCCAGUGACCUAGAGGUUCCCUUACUGGUGCUGGCGAUUCGGCUGUGGUGGGCAGUGGGAAAGGAAAAACGUGAGCUAGAGGAGCGACUGCGUCAGGUGAAGGACACCGGAGUUAAUGUGGAUGCUCUGCCAACACUGCUUGAGCUGGUACUCAAGAAGGACAGUGCUACUUUGUAUUCAUCCUAACAUUAUAGACUUGAACACGUGCUCCGCACGAGGUGCAUGUCACAGCACACUGUGUGGCUGCAGACCUUUGGGAGGCUGCAGCUCUUAAUUUCUUGUUGUGGAACAAGGUCUGAAAUUAAUUUUCUGUGCACAAAAGGUUUUGAUGACAAUGCUAGUCUUUGCAGGCCAAGUAAAUGAAUCUCUACAUCCCUUCAUGUGACUUCUGUGACCUGGAACAUUUAACAACCUUUAAGCUUGCAGGACUUUGCAAAAAUUAUGUGCAGUUGCAUCUUUUGUGCAAUUUAAAAUGUGAAUGGAGCAAAAGUUUGUGUAGGUUUGAUCAUUGCAGAUUUUUAUUUUUCAUUAGGGAUUCCUGCUACAUUUUUCUUUAUUUCCUUGAGGGGGUUCUGCAACUUUUUUUUCUGCUUACUGCCUUUUUCAUUUCUUUGUCAUGGCAGGUAUGCACAGUGUGCCCGUUGUACCCAGCAUGUCAUGCCUGUGCUGCACUUUUUGCUUCAACAUUCAGAGAAAACUUCCUGUGGUUUUAUUAUGGUGGUGAAAGACAAAAUCAUAGGAAAAGGUAAAUGGAAUUGUUGUAGGGCACGAAAUAUCGUGUUUGCAAGAAUAAUUAGGCAUACCAAGCAAGGCUUUAGCUGAGUAAAUGGGAAGUAGAGUAAAUGUUUUCGAUUCACUAUUGUCCACCUAACCUUCCACGUACCGGAGGUAAUGGCACUUUUUAGUGGGCUCUUAACUACACAUUACAUGCUUUUUCUUAUUGACCAACUUUUGAGAUUGCGUCGGCUAGUAUUUGCUGAUUGCCAUUUAAUGACGAAAUUGAGGUUAUUUACAGUGUUCUUAAGCUUGUAUCAGAGGGUAGUGAAUGCCCUAAUUGAAGACUUGUAUGCGAUGCAUGUUAAAAAGAUGUUAGAUUAAACAAAAAUGUGCUUCCUAUUGAAGCAAAACUACUCGGAACAAUCUAUUGUUAGCAUUAUGUGCUGCAAAGAAGCUGCUUACACCUUAUUUUGACUUCGAAACUUGAUGUACAUCAGAUUUUUAUGUUAAAUAGUGUUGUGGUUGGCACUUGCAUGUGCAGAAAAGAAAAAAAAACAUGAAAUGGUAUCCUACAAAUAUGUUUGUUCACAUGCAAUGACAAUGAAGUAAUUUUUUUUACUUCAUUGUCAUUGUCAUUAGUUAAUCAUUUUGCACACCAUGACUGCGGUGUGCAGUUUCACUGCUGAACAGUAUAUGUAGCUUUAGCAUACUCAUUGCGUAAUUGCUCAGGAGCUGUUGGAAGCAUUGAUGCGGGAUCACUACAAAGAUAUGCAUUCUUUUCUUUAGUGUAGAUCUCAACAGUAAGCUCUGAUUGAUGAUUUUGUGCCGGCAGUUUUGGCACUUACACUAUCCAUCUUAAAUAUGUUUUGCUUAGUUGCAUGUGUUUUGACGAGAGUGCCUGAACUGCCUUGUCUUUAACUAGUUCAACAUAUAUAUGAGGCCAAUUAAUUAUUGGGUUUUGCAUUUGUCAUUUUAAGAGCAAAUCCAGGCAUCCUAUAUGUGCAUGUUUUAUGUUUACAUUAUUUAUAUAUUAUGUAGUGUCAACUAGUGAGAAUUGUUCAGAGCUUGGGCAUUUAUAAAAUGAGAACCCUGGCGUGGUGCAAUAUAGUUUUAACAAAUGGCCGUAAUGAGCAAUGCAGUUAGCCUUUCAAGGUUUGACUACAGGCCACCGAGACUUACCCCCUCCCCCCACUUUUUUUCUCAUUAUGGUUAGGCUUUGUCCCUGCAUGUUACAAUCUUAAAGCAAAGGAAACUUUCAUAUUAAUUUUGUAUAGUAUUGCAAAAAGUGACAGUAACUACCAAAAUAGUUAAAAAAUAUUUGUAGCCCAACACAAUGCAUAAGAGCAAGUAUGCUGUCGUUUAAGUGUAAAAAUUUGCAGUGUUCAUCUGCUUCUUGUGUCAUGACAAAAUUCUAAUGUAGAUCUGGCAUGUGUAAUUCAGAAAAAUGGAUGAAUUUAGAGGAAUAUCGUAACUAACUCUUCACAACAUUUAGUACACAUGUAAUGUAGACAUCUUGCACACUCCUUAGUUGUCUGCCUUAGUUGCCUCCCUAUCUAGCAGUGCACAUCACUGCAUUUAUGUGUGAACUCCCUUAGUUGUAAUGGGAGUAGAUGUGACGAUUGCAACUGCUUCAUAACUGCUGUACUACUGUUGGUGUACUGUGUUCUACUGUCGUCUCUCACUAGUGAGAACCAAACAGGGGCCAUAGUGCUGAGUGGACCUUCAGUUUUGUUCACUUAACUGUUAACUGCUGGUUUGAAUGGCUCUAAUGCAUUUUAUAUGAAAUUUUUGCAGAAUUGGCCUGCAUAAUGUACACAUCUAUAAAACUUUUAUUUUAAGAAUUAUUUGGCAUUUCUUGCUGAAAUGGUCAUUCUAGCUGAAGAUACUUAAAUCUAUGGCAAAGGUGGUGGGAUUAGUCAGUGAGAAAAAGAGAAGGUCAAGUGAAAAUGCAUUCUCUCACGCAAGUGCAAAGCUGUCACUGAGUUUUUGAUAAGGUAAAAGCCUCAAUUGAACAUUUUGUGAGGAGACGUUAGAGGUAAAUGUAAAGCGAAAAGCGAUAAGAGUCUGCUUAAAGCAGUAUCUGUCACACAAUAAAAAUGGUUUAGUAACUGAUCAAGUCAUGGUCAAAGAGAGACAUGAUUUUUUUUGUUUAAGUUACAUGAUAAAAUACAGGUGCAUUGUUUGUGGUUGAUUUUGCUAGAGAUCAACACGGGUCUGAAAGUUGAUAUUUUGGAUUUGAUUGUGUAUUUUAUAGUUUGUGCACAUACCACCCAGUAGCUCAAAAGAUAACUUCAUUUUUUUGUUAUUAACUGCACAAUUUAGGAAGAAAAAAGAUCGAACUUAUUUGGAACAGGGGGAUCAAUUUCGUCCCUUGUCAUUUUCGAAAGUUGACGACAAUAUGAACACACAAAUAUUAAUGUGACAAAAAAGAUCUUUUUUUUUUUUUUUCAAUAAAUGUACAUGUAAUGAAGAGUAAAA